AUGUCUUCGGGACCGUCCAAUGGUUGUCUUGGUAAUGAUUAAGUCAUCAGUCUGAGCCACUGUGGAGAAAUGUCUAACAUUAAGAUGCAAGCACCUGUUGGAAGAGGAUGUAUGAGAGAAUGGUUUUCAAAAAAUACACCAAUCUACUGCAGGCAACGAGUUCCUGUCUGUUUUUCCUUCCUCCUCAUCCCCAUCUUCCUGCUCCUCUUUUCCCUGGUUACACCUGCUAUGUCCAUUCAUAUGGCGUCCAUAGAGAGCCACAGCGAGUUUAGCUGUGAGCCCAUCAGACUAAGAAUGUGCCAGGAUCUGCCUUACAACACCACCUUUAUGCCCAAUCUACUGAAUCACUACGACCAGCAAACAGCUGCGCUCGCCAUGGAGCCUUUCCAUCCCAUGGUAAACCUGGUGUGCAGCGCUGACCUGAGGAUGUUCCUGUGCGCCCUGUACGCUCCGGUAUGCGUUGUGUACGGCCGGGUGUCCAUGCCGUGUCGAUCCCUCUGCCAGCGGGCCAAGGAUGAGUGCCACAAACUCAUGGAGAUAUUUGGAGUAGCUUGGCCAGAUGACAUGGAGUGUAGCAGGUUCCCUGAUUGUAACGAGCCCUAUCCUCGUCCAGAGGACCUGCUGACAGACUCUGACCCUACUGACCAGUCCUCCAUGACUGUCCAGAGAGACUAUGGUUUCUGGUGCCCCAGAGAGCUCAAGGUCGACCCAGACCUGGGUUACACAUUCAUGGGCAGGAAGGACUGUUCUGCCCCGUGCCCUUCCAUGUUUUUCAACCAGCAGGAGCUGACCUUCAUCCGCUACUUCAUAGGAGUCGUUUCCAUUGUCUGUCUGUCUGCAACUCUCUUCACCUUCCUGACGUUUCUCAUUGAUGUUACCAGGUUUCGAUACCCCGAGCGGCCAAUAAUCUUCUACGCUGUGUGUUAUGUCAUGGUGUCACUGGUUUUCUUUCUGGGGUUUCUGUUGGAAGAUAGGGUAGCGUGCAACUCAGUCAGCCCUACCCAGUUCAGAGCUUCAACCAUAACACAGGGCUCACACAACAAGGUAUGCACCCUGUUCUUCAUGGUCCUGUAUUUCUUCACCAUGGCCGGCAGUGUGUGGUGGGUCAUAUUGACAAUCACUUGGUUCCUGGCUGCUGUGCCUAAAUGGGGCAGCGAGGCCAUUGAGAAGAAAGCCCUCCUCUUCCACGCUGUUGCCUGGGGGUUCCCAGGGGCCCUGACUGUCACCCUGUUGGCCCUGAACAAAAUUGAAGGAGAUGGGAUCAGUGGAGUGUGUUUCAUAGGCCUGUAUGACAUAGACGCCCUUAGGUGGUUUGUUCUGGCACCGCUCUGCGUCAAUGUGGCGGUGGGUGUCUCUCUCCUGUUAGUGGGCAUUGUGGCUCUGAACCGGGUGCGCAUGGAGAUCCCUCUGGAGAAGGAGAACCAGACCAAACUAGUCAAGUUCAUGAUCCGAAUGGGAGUGUUCUCGGUGCUCUACCUGGUCCCCUUGUUGACCGUCAUUGGGUGCUACCUUUACGAACACACCUACCGGAGCAUUUGGGAGACAUCAUGGAUGGAGGAGAACUGCAGGCGCUAUCACAUCCCCUGCCCAUACAAGGUCGAGCAAAGCAGCCAACCAGUCAUGGUUUUGUUCCUGAUUAAAUAUCUGAUGAUGUUGGUGGUGGGGAUCCCCUCUGUUUUCUGGGUGGGCAGCAAGAAGACCUGCUUUGAAUGGGCCAGCUUCCUGCAUGGCCGCAGACGCAAAGACAGUGGGGUGAAUGAGUCUCGUCAGGUGCUGCAGGAGCAGCCAGACUUUGCCCAGUCUCUGCUGCGUGAACCCAACACCCCCGUCAUUAGGAAGUCCAGAGGAACAUCCACUCAGGGCACUUCUACCCACGCUUCAUCCACCCACUUGGCUGUCGUGGACGACCUUGACGAACCAGUCAGAACUCACCACGGCCACCCCGCCUCCACCAGGAGUAAGGCCAGCAGCGUCCACAGUAAGACCAGUUACCACGGCAGCCUGCGCCGCACUCGUGAUGACAGGAGUGACACUAUGGUUUACCGAGGUACAGAGCAGCGCAGUUUCCAUGGCAGCAUGCCACGCCUCGAUCACCCACUCUCCGCUCACAGCAGCCUCCAUCAGAUAGACAGCCACUCGAAGCACGGCAGCCAGCGAGACGUAUCCGAGGCCCCACCUACCCUCAUCACCCAUGGAACAACAGCAAGCAACAGCCAAGCUGCUGAGAAUGAAGGCACCAGCGCCUGAGAACAGCCACCAAUUUCACAGGAAAUUAUUGUAAAGAUGCUGUCAGCACCUUUUAACGGAAGAUUUCCCCCCGGCAGACACACACCCAUCUGUUAAGUGUGUAAGCGUUUUUCCUCUAUGAAGAUGGAGAAUGUACCAGUGAGUGCUGUGGUGGUGAUUUUUGCCAUUAGUUCCUUGCUGAUCAUUUGUUAGCACUGUGGCUAAAGGCCAACGCAGUUCAGGCAGUGAACUUGACUGAUCUCUUGUAGAUUCAAUUAAGUUUCACUGUAAACUGAACAAGUUUGUUUUCUUAAUUCCUUGAAAUGACACAGCAGAUGACGCCUGAACGCUCGACUCAAACAGACUUAGCCAAUAAGAAUGAAUCCACCUCCUCAGACGUUUGGGGACGUCAGUGAUUCUGACAUUAUUCAGGGAUCAUUUUGGUUGUGCCCAGGUAAACCAGAGCUAGCACGGGAAAGGAAACACUGAAAAGUAGAAAGGAGAAGUCAUCAUACUUUAUGGACAUUGUUUCCUGCAGGUGGAAUCUGUAUGAUUAAUUCGAUCCUGGGUUUGAAGGUUGGACACCAGUUUGUUCUGGAGAGCAGUGUGAUCAGUCUUACCGUGGCAUUAUUUCCAAAUCCUGAUCUUUCACCACCUCGCAGGACUUACAGGAAUAUUAUUAAAUAUGUGAACACUGCCGAGUAUUGCUUUUAUAACAAUCUUAUAUGGUUUGCCCACUCUCUUGGUAAUGUCUCCGAAAAUUUGACUUACUUCAGUCUUGGUCUCGACUGAGACUUAAUUAUUUCUGGUCUUUGUUUGUUCUGAACUGCAGCUCUUAAUGAAUGGUGUUUAUCUUUGUGUGGCUUCAGAGGCCGACAAAUAUGGGCUUAAUGUGAAAUCGUGGACCUCUCUGUGGUUUAGUGAUAUUUUUAUACUGUGAAAAUUGUCUACUGCUGAAAGCUUCAUGUUGUGAGUGCAUGAGAGAGAGAAAGAGUGAGUGAGAAAUAGACGCAAGUGGUCAUAUAUGUUUUAAACGUCAGCUCUACCCUCCACUAGUGUGAACAGUGAAAGCAUGAUGGAGGGAGCGGAGGGAUGAAACCUUCUGUAACCCAGAAUGUAAAAGGGUUUUUUUCCGAGUCAGAUAUAACACUGACAUGGUCGAGUGAAAUGAGCUGGAAUAAUGUGUGUGCACUUAGACAGACACUCACAUUUAUUCCAGCUCAGACUGCUUUUUGGCCUCCCAAAACCAUUUUAGCCAUGACUCCUCUGCAUGGAGGCAUUAGCUUGACAGAUAGAAACGGCAGCUCUGGAAACAAGCAAGGUGACAGUUUACUCAGCCGGUUACAUGUUCAUUCAUUUGUUAGCCUACCAGUCAAUGCCAGAGAAUCCCAAAAAUAAACAGGAGCACAGAUGAAAGUUAUCUGAUAACCAGAGUAUUGUAACCCAGAUUCAGGUACACGUCUAUCACUGCAUUCGAACCUCAUGGCUGCAGAACCGGUAACAGCGCUUCUAUUUUUCUGUUUUUUAAGAGGAACUGCUUUAUUUCUAAUGUAACUGUCACCACUGUACAUGAUAUGUACCUAAACUGCCACUGUACAGGCUCUUUGCUCAUGUUUGUUGUGUUGUUCAGACAUAAAACUCCAGCUUACCCAAAGAGGUGCAGACAACUGGCAGUGACACCGUAGAAAAAGAAAUGUUUGCUAAUUGUGCUACAUUGCGACAUUAUUUUGCAUCUAAGUAAAUGUUACAGGAAGUCUUGUCUAUAGUUUUGUUCCCAGUCCCUGGCGACCCAGUUAACCUACCUCACCUGUACCCUCAGCCUUCUCCGUACCUGCACGCACACACACAUUAUUGGGUGCUUUUUGUAAAGUAAAAAAAAAAGUCAACAUGAAAAAUCAGUUUAUUUAAAACAGUGGUGCUUUUUUCUGAAGAAUCUGAACUCCUGUAAAAUUAAACCCAAAUCAGACUUUAAAUGACGUUGCUUUCUAACACACACACACACACUUGUAUCACUAUCCCCCUGUGGAUGCUCCAUUGACAUAAUGCAUUCCCUUGGCCCUUAACCUAACCCUAAAAUCAAGACCCUCAAAAAGCAGUCUGGACCCACAGUGACAGGAAGUCCCCAUAGGUUGGUGUGUAGUCUUUUAAAAACAAACACACUAGCCAGCUGUCCAUCCUCCCUGCAGGUGGCUUUGUGUUUUUCCAGUCUACCUCUUCAGUUCUAAUGCACCUAGCUAACUCUCUGGCCUUUUCACUGCUGCCUCUCUCCUCCUGUCUGUCGGAUUAUGUCCGUCUGUCUACACCUGUUUUAAACUCCCCACUGUCGACUCGUCUGCCUGCAUACCUGUUGUACAUAGAUUUUCUGUCCUAUCUGAUGACUAAUCUGCCUCACUUCUGCCUUCUGCCCCUCCUCCUGUAAAUGUGCCCACACUGAUCUUUUUUUGGACCUACAGCAACUGUCUGUACUCUGUACAAUUCGUGACUGCUUUUUACAAACAUUAACCGUUGUGCUUUUACCUCCAAAUCAGACAUGACAACGAGAGAUGCUGUGCCGACACUAUCAUUCAUCUGUCCUUUUCAGCUGUUCGAUAUCUCAUUCUUGUCAGUUCACCUCAGUCUGUGAUCAUAAAUAUCAGUCCCCCACAGCGAGACAUAGGAGGAAGGUUUCUGAUGUCUUGCUGUGGUUCAGCUUCAGAGUGAAUUGCAGUAGCUUGAAAAUAUGGCACAUUAUCGAUGACGGUUCAAAAACAAUAAUAUUGUGAAUUCUGAAACUUGAGUUGUAUUUGCCUUUUAAUUUAUUUGCAGUUUGUGACUGUAAUGACU